AUGUCUCCCAUCCCACCGUUCAAUACCCCUUCUCCAAUUUUGCGGUCAGCUCAAUCGUUCAACAUUGAUCAAAUCAAUCAAAUCAACGCCUUCUUCUCAUCGACUGCCGGCAUUGUCACCUUUUCCGCCGUCUGGCUCUUCUGCGUUGUUGCACUGUUUCUUGUCACCGGAUGGCUUCUCACUAGGCACGAGGAGGAGAACCGCACAAAUCCGGAGCUUGCCCGUGAGACGGAGAUUCAAGGCAUGAUGCUGCUCAGCAGAGUUCCGGAUCCUUCUGUGGAAAUAGAGCUCCCAACCAUCAGUGGUAACGAAUAUCCUGGAAGAUAUCAUCGCUUUCUCUAG